CCGCCUCUGAGUAGGGCGGGAGAGGAGAGCCGAGGCGGAGCUGAUGGCUUCGCUGAAGGCGGGGCGGGGUGCAAACUGGAGCCUUCGUGCAUGGCGGGCUUUGGGGGGCAUCUUCUGGAAGAAGGGCCCCCGGUUAGCCCCUGACCUCCGGGCUCUGCUGACGCCAGGAACUCCUGACCCUCAGGCCCGGAUGACUUAUGGGACCCCCAGUCUCCGGGCCCGGAUGCCUGUGGGGGUCAUUGCAUCAUGUGCAAAUCUGACGUCUAGGACCCCCGAUCUCUGGGCACGACUGAUUGUGGGGACUCCAGGUUUCAGUGACCAGGAGGCCUGCAGGAGUCCUGGAAGCCGUCGGCGCGAAUGGCUGGCGGUGGCGGUGGGCGCAGGGGGUGCAGUAGUCCUGCUGUUGUGGGGUUGGGGGCGGGGUCUUUCCACGGUGCUGGCUGCUGUUCCUGCUCCGCCACCCACCUCUCCCCGGAGCCAGUACAAUUUCAUCGCAGAUGUGGUGGAGAAGACAGCCCCUGCUGUGGUCUAUAUCGAGAUCCUAGACCGGCACCCUUUCUCCGGCCGUGAAGUCCCCAUCUCUAACGGAUCCGGAUUCGUAGUGGCUUCAGAUGGGCUCAUCGUUACCAACGCCCACGUGGUGGCUGAUCGGCGCCGAGUGCGAGUGAGGCUGCCUAGCGGAGACACUUAUGAGGCCAUGGUCACAGCUGUGGAUCCUGUAGCAGACAUUGCCACGUUGAGGAUUCAAACCAAGGAGCCUCUUCCCACACUGCCUCUCGGCCGCUCUGCUGAUGUCCGGCAAGGGGAGUUUGUUGUUGCCAUGGGAAGUCCCUUUGCACUGCAGAACACGAUCACAUCUGGCAUCGUCAGCUCUGCUCAGCGCCCAGCCAGGGACCUGGGACUCCCUCAAACCAACGUGGAAUACAUUCAGACCGAUGCAGCUAUUGAUUUUGGAAAUUCUGGUGGUCCCCUGGUUAACCUGGAUGGGGAGGUGAUUGGAGUGAACACCAUGAAGGUGACUGCUGGAAUCUCCUUUGCCAUCCCUUCUGAUCGCCUUAGGGAGUUUCUGCAUCGUGGGGAAAAGAAAAAUUCCUGGUUUGGAAUCAGUGGGUCCCAGCGCCGCUACAUUGGAGUGAUGAUGCUGACUCUGACUCCCAGCAUCCUUACUGAACUACAGCUCCGAGAGCCAAGCUUCCCUGAUGUUCAGCACGGUGUCCUCAUUCAUAAAGUUAUCCUGGGCUCCCCUGCACACAGGGCUGGUCUGCGGCCUGGUGAUGUGAUCUUGGCCAUUGGGGAGAAAUUGGUUCAAAAUGCUGAAGAUGUUUAUGAAGCUGUUCGAACCCAAUCACAGCUGGCAGUGCGGAUCCGGCGUGGAUCGGAAACACUGACCUUAUACGUGACCCCUGAGGUCACAGAAUGACCAGACUGGCGAGAGUUUGAAGCUCUUGCUCUGAUUUCCUCCUUGCUUGCCUAGCCUAGGUUCUGAGUGCAUGUGGGUAGAGGAGGAGUCAAUGGACCUACGGAGGGCAGGUCCC